UUGCGAACGUCAAGCUCCCCUACCUCCUUCUUUUUGAGCUUUAUAAUAAGUUUGUUUUUUUUUGCACUUCCGUGGUUUUUGUCAAACAACUCUCUAAUUUGCCUGGAAAUUUUAAUGUCGCAGCCUUUUUUUCUUUGAGAUUUGUUUUCUCGCCGUUGUUAGACACAAGAAGCGGUAUAUAUUAUCGCUGUAUUAGUGGUUGUGUAAGUUGUUUGUGACGCGUGUGUAUACACACAAGACUCGGUGAUGGCGGCCUCCAGCCAAUCUCAUGACCACGUUGCGACCCAUAUCACGGAAAGGGAUAGAGAUAGAGAGAGUGAAGCUUACGCAUUAUUGUCAUUGAAAACAGCCCCAACGAGUCCUGGUUCAGCCCACCAUUGGAACCAUGGAGGUGAGGCAAGAGGACCAGUGGCGAUUGCAAGGAUUGAAGGACGAGAGUUUGAAUUUCUUGUUCGACAAAAAAGGAUAGUGAUCGGACGGAAUUCAUCCAGAGGACAAGUAGAUGUUAAUAUGGGUCAUUCUUCAUUCAUAUCAAGACGCCAUUUAGAAGUCUAUUUUGAACACCCAUUUUUUUACAUGAUCUGUAAUGGGAAAAAUGGUGUAUUCGUUGAUGGAGUAUUCCAAAGAAAAGGAGCUGCACCUCUGCAACUUCCAAAAAUGUGUGUCUUUCGUUUUCCCAGCACAAAUAUAAGACUGAUGUUUCAAUCUCUUGUUGAUGAAACUGGACCACCACCGAACCUUGGGAACCAGUUUCCAACCAAUGCAAAUUUGUCAUCUGGGUCUACACCAACAACACAACUUGCUCCUCCAUCUCCAUUUAAGAGAAAAGCCCCAUCCACUCAACAGCAACCUCAUUUAGCUCCGCUAAGAAUUAACAUACCCAUUGGAGAGGAAGAAACGGAAGCUUCGAGUCCUCUUCCAUCACCCACGGGAACGAUUAGCGCUGCCAAUUCGUGCCCGGUCAGCCCCAGAGAAGGAAGUCAUAGUUUAGGUCGUAGCCAUUUUGGCGGAUUCUCUCACUUUCACCAUGAGUUGAAUCCUUCCUCAUCGCACGGCCAUGGAACAGCUACUGGUUAUACUUCAGGUUCAGGCCAAGAUCUAAUACAGGACCAUAGUCCAGGAGCCGAAGGCGGGAAUGAUACAAAAGACGACAGCAAGCCCCCGUAUUCUUACGCUCAGCUAAUCGUGCAAGCUAUUUGUACGGCCCCCGACAAGCAAUUGACACUCAGUGGUAUUUAUUCGUACAUCACGAAGAACUACCCCUAUUAUCGUACCGCUGACAAAGGAUGGCAGAACUCCAUCCGCCACAAUCUAUCACUGAACCGUUAUUUUCUGAAAGUACCUCGGAGUCAAGAAGAACCAGGGAAAGGUUCGUUCUGGAGAAUAGACCCUACUAGUGAAUCGAAGUUGGUUGAACAAGCCUUCCGCCGUCGAAGGCAACGAGGCGUCCCUUGCUUUAGGACACCCUACGCAAGAAGUGCCCCCCCUACUCACGGUGGGAUGCCAAACAUGUCUGUCUCCGGCUUGGCAACACCCGAUUGUUUAUCUAGAGAGGGAUCUCCUGGACCAAUGUCCGAGCCAUACGGAGACGUUGUCAAUAGCCAAGGAGUGGCACAGCAUCUGGAAAUAAAGAGUAGUAGUCGACCCAAUUCACCAUUUUCUUUACACCAAGGAACUGGAGUAGUAGUACAGUCGAAUCAUCCAACUCAUGUGGUAGUCUUGCAACCUACUCAACUCGCGCAUGGACCGACAGCUAACGGCGGAUCGGAGAGUAGUUACCUGGGAGGAACACAGGCCUCAGUCAUUGUGCCCUUUGUAACUACCUACUCAUCAUUUGGAAGCGCAAGCAAUUCCAAUGGUGGAAACGAGUCCUUAGCCAGCCUGCAGCCCAGUAGUAUUAAACGGACCUAUCCUCCUGCAUCUUCAAGUCCUGCACCAGUCAACGCUGGAAUAAGUAACACUGGACCGUGUUUUGAGGGAAACGAGAAGAAAAUUAAACUCGAUACUGAGGAAGAAAGUGAAAAGUAGACCAAUGAAACUUUUGGUUGCAUAUGUCAGUAAGAUAUAACAAAAGCGUCUAAUGUUGGUGGGCAUUUCCCAUAUUCAAGUAAUCGAUGCAUCAUGGCUGGGAAAGAGAACAUGUAACUUUCUUGCUAUCGCAUCCACGUCUUUUUCUUUUUAUUGAGUGCUGGACGAUACCUUCACUUCGUUUCCCUUGAUUCUUCAUCGUAGUAAACUGAAAGUUCAGCUCCGAUAUAAAGGACUUCUCUUUGUAAUUGUCGAUUUAAAGCAGUGUAGUGUUUACUCGUUUUGCCUGAAUUUCUUCUUAAUAUACUUGCGAUAUAUUUAUCUCGUAUCACCACAACGGUUAGGAAUGAAAUCCCAAGGACGCUGCUUACAUGAGACUUGUGCUGUGUAGAUGACUCCAGACAUCGCUGUAUGCAGAUUCACCUUCGUUUCGUAGUCUUGAUUCGAGUUUUAAACGUCGCCUUGCGUUUUGACAAGUUAUUGACCCAUUUCACGUUACUUUGCUUUAACCCAACCUGUUAAAUAGCAGACUCACGGUCUCUUGUUGUGUAACGUGUAUUAUUUUCCCACUUGAUGAAGUGGCAUGUAAUUGUUCAUCCGUCAUUGAAAUACAACGCAAUGUUCGAAAUGAUAA